AUGGGUCCAGCAAGUCCUCCUGGAAAAGAGGAGGGAUGGGUCCAGCAAGUCCUCCUGGAAAAGAGGAGGGAUGGGUCCAGCAAGUCCUCCUGGAAAAGAGGAGGGAUGGGUCCAGCAAGUCCUCCUGGAAAAGAGGAGGGAUGGGUCCAGCAAGUCCUCCUGGAAAAGAGGAGGGAUGGGUCCAGCAAGUCCUCCUGCAAAAGAGGAGGGGGGAUGGGUCCAGCAAGUCCUCCUGGAAAAGAGGAGGGGGGAUGGGUCCAGGAAGUCCUCCUGGAAAAGAGGAGGGAUGGGUCCAGCAAGUCCUCCUGGAAAAGAGGAGGGAUGGGUCCAGCAAGUCCUCCUGGAAAAGAGGAGGGGGAUGGGUCCAGCAAGUCCUCCUGGAAAAGAGGAGGGGUGGGUCCAGCAAGUCCUCCUGGAAAAGAGGAGGAGGGAUGGGUCCAGCAAGUCCUCCUGGAAAAGAGGAGGGAUGGGUCCAGCAAGUCCUCCUGGAAAAGAGGAGGAGGGAUGGGUCCAGCAAGUCCUCCUGGAAAAGAGGAGGGAUGGGUCCAGCAAGUCCUCCUGGAAAAGAGGAGGGAUGGGUCCAGCAAGUCCUCCUGGAAAAGAGGAGGGAAGCAAGUCCUCCUGGAAAAGAGGAGGGUUGGGUCCAGCAAGUCCUCCUGGAAAAGAGGAGGGAUGGGUCCAGCAAGUCCUCCUGGAAAAGAGGAGGGAUGGGUCCAGCAAGUCCUCCUGGAAAAGAGGAGGGAUGGGUCCAGCAAGUCCUCCUGGAAAAGAGGAGGGAUGGGUCCAGCAAGUCCUCCUGCAAAAGAGGAGGAGGGAUGGGUCCAGCAAGUCCUCCUGGAAAAGAGGAGGGGUGGGUCCAGCAAGUCCUCCUGGAAAAGAGGAGGGAUGGGUCCAGCAAGUCCUCCUGGAAAAGAGGAGGGAUGGGUCCAGCAAGUCCUCCUGGAAAAGAGGAGGGAUGGGUCCAGCAAGUCCUCCUGGAAAAGAGGAGGGGUGGGUCCAGCAAGUCCUCCUGGAAAAGAGGAGGAGGGAUGGGUCCAGCAAGUCCUCCUGGAAAAGAGGAGGGAUGGGUCCAGCAAGUCUUCCUGGAAAAGAGGAGGAGGGAGCAAGUCCUCCUGGGAGGAGGGAUGGGUCCAGCAAGUCCUCCCUGAAAAGAGGAGGGAUGGGUCCAGCAAGUCCUCCUGGAAAAGAGGAGGGAUGGGUCCAGCAAGUCCUCCUGGAAAAGAGGAGGGAUGGGUCCAGCAAGUCCUCCUGGAAAAGAGGAGGGGGAUGGGUCCAGCAAGUCCUCCUGGAAAAGAGGAAUGGGUCCUGGUCCUCCUUGAUGGGGGUCCAGCAAGUCCUCCUGGAAAAGAGGAGGGAUGGGUCCAGCAAGUCCUCCUGGAAAAGAGGAGGGGGGAUGGGUCCAGCAAGUCCUCCUUGAAAAGAGUAGGGAUGGGUCCAGCAAGUCCUCCUGGAAAAGAGGAGGGAUGGGUCCAGCAAGUCCUCCUGGAGAAGAGGAGGGAUGGGUCCAGCAAGUCCUCCUGGAGAAGAGGAGGAGGGAUGGGUCCAGCAAGUCCUCCUGGAAAAGAGGAGGGAUGGGUCCAGCAAGUCCUCCUGGAGAAGAGGAGGGAUGGGUCCAGCAAGUCCUCCUGGAAAAGAGGAGGGAUGGAUCCAGAAGAGUCCUCCUGGAGAAGGAGAGGAGGGAUGGGUCCAGCAAGUCCUCCUGGAAAAGAGGAGGGAUGGGUCCAGCAAGUCCUCCUGGAGAAGAGGAGAGAUGGGUCCAGCAAGUCCUCCUGGAAAAUUACAUUAAAACAGUUUGUAACGUCCAGUCAGUCUUUCUCGUGGAAAGUUAAGGAAGAAGAUGGGACCAACUAG